GCCAUGCCUCAUACCUACUGCCUACUUCCUACUCUACCACACCUCCCUGCUCUUUCGCACACAUCCACCCCCCUUGGUCCUUGGACUAGUAGUGUCACAGUACGUCGUUUUCGCCACGUAAGCGUCGUUCAUUGAAAUUGUGCGUUUUAGGUUACCGAAAUUGUCACUGAUGCCUUUACUUAGGAGUAGAGUAUUUCUUUCAAGCGUCGAUGCCUAGCGUGAUUUACGAAGCGUCAGUAAACGUAGACCUGAAAGGACAUACUUAGUCACGUUCGCGAAGGAUUUUUAGACGUCAGAGAGGUGUCGUGCGAAUGUCCUUAGGCAGCGGUUCGCGCCUGGCGUCGAGCGCGUCACCCCCCGCGCGGUUGGAUGACGGGCGGCAGUGCGUGCUGCACGAGGUCACUCGCUUCGACACCCUCGCCGGCAUCGCCAUCCGCUAUGGCGCCGAGGUGGCGGACAUCAAGAAGGCGAACCGCAUUUCGACGGACUCGCAGAUGUUCGCCAUGAGGCUCAUCCGCGUGCCGCUCUCCCCCGACCUCUCAGCCUCGCCGCCGCUGCUCUCCCCCACCGCGUGCCACCGCGCCAGUUCCAGUCAGGCAGUGAGCAGCCAUCAAGGCACAGACCACCAAGACGCAGGCGGCACGUCGCCAGCCAGCAGCGCCACUCUCACCGCCGCGUCUUCCUCGCUCGCCACGCCCAGCGCUGCCAAUGCCAGUGGCAGUGCGAGCGGGGCGGGGUCGCUGUCGGAGGCCAUCCUGGAGCUGGUGUCGGCGCAGGCAGCGGCGGAGCAGGCGGAGGCUCAGAGCCGGAGUGUGGCAGCAGCGGAGGCAGCAGGGCGGGCACGCGCGUCGACCUUCUUCUUUGUGCAGAUGCGCGAGGCGGAGCAGUACGUGUCGUCGGAGGGCGAGGAGCCGUCCCCGCCCUGCCAGCGCGGCACGUCCCUGUCGGAGGGCGAGGGGGACGAGGGCGGGCGGCGCCUGUCAUGGCUGGGUGGGGGGCCCAGUGCUUUCUACUCCGAGGCCAAGGGGCGAGGCGCUGGCAGAAGCACGUGGAAUGGGGAAGCAAGACAGCCCAAUGCCCAGGAAUACGGGUGGGGCUUGGGGGUGGAGGAGGGAGGAGGGGGGACGAGCAGUUGGCGAGGGGGGUAUGGCAGUGAGGGGGAGGGCGGCUGGGCGAGUGGGGAGGAGGAGGUGGGAGGCAGGGGGGGAGGGGGGUCACGACGGCGGUGGGUGGAGCAGGCACCGAGGGGGCGUGGAGCGGGCAGGGACGAGGGGCUGGGAGUGUGGGGGCUCAUGUCGUCAGGGCAGGGGCUCAUGUCGUCAGGGCAGGGCCUCAUGUCAUCUGGGCAGGGGCUGUUCAGCCGGGGCGUGCGGGGGCAGCAUGGCAGGGCGGUGAAUCUGGGGGCGGCAGCGCGGUGGGGAAGCCGCGUGGUGGAGGACCUGCUGUGGCGCUUCCACAAGUCCACCAGCUUCUCCACCUUCGAGGGCGCCAAUGGGCCGCUCAACUCCUCCUCUGCUGCUGCUGCUGCUGGGGGGCCGGCACGCUCUCCCCUGCGCCGCGAACCCAGCAGCAGCAGCACGGGCAUUGACCUGCCCUCUGCUCGCAGCUGGAUCCGGCCCUCGUCCGCCGCAGGUGCUGUGGAGGGGGGCAGCAGCGACGCCUCGGUGCUGCUGGGCUGCAGCACGCCCAUCAAGGGGGGUGAGGGAGGUGCGUGUGAUGAUGGCAGUGCCACCGCCUUGGGUGGUGCUGCUGUCUAUGGAAGCGUGACGCGGCGAGGAGUGAGCAGCAGACGAGGGAAGGGCGUGCCCACCGACAUCACUGGCUGAGACUGCUUUCCAGCAAGCGAAGCACAGUGCGGGUGUGUGUGAUUGACCACCAUCAUCCAGACGAAGCAAACAACUUCUUCAGCCAUGGAAGCCUGUCCAAAACGAGAUGGACAGGGAGUGUGCGCCCGCUUGGUUGGAGAAAACAAAUGACACGGGCUUUACUUAGCCCAACAUUUCCCAAUGCUGUAGAAUAUUUGUGCUUAUUAUUAGAGAUUGACAUGAAUGACUGCAUCCUCUAUGUCUACACAUUUCUGAGCUUAUAGAAGGCUCAAUUCUUUUAGGGAAUGCAUGGCCCGAUUU